CAUCAAGAGAAGCUUCGCCACAAGACUAUCCUUACCAACAGUUCAAUCUCCAGCCGACUACACAUACACUCCAACAGGUCCAAGGACCCAAGUCAGCCCAGUUCCAGUUGGUCUGCACAGCUGGCAUUAUCACCAACUGCCCAAUCAGGACAAAGAGAAAUGAAGAAGCGGAGAGAGCUGGCCCCGCCCCGUGACCCCACUCGGCAGCCAAUCAGAAUUCAGACCUGGGUUCCGAGAGAGAGCCCUGUCCUAUCCCAGACUGAGAGAGAGAGGCUGGAUUCAGCCGUGAGGGAGGCUGUGCUCAUCGUGUCCAGCUUGCUGUCAGUGGACCGCAUCCCUGGUGGUUUGUGGCUCAGUAGAGACAUCAACAAGUACUGCCGGUUUACCUGGAGGAACGCCAGUGCAGCCAACUACAACAGGUGUGGCAGGGCCAAUAAGAACUACAGGAUGGAGACCUGUCUAGAUGUUGUUAUCCCAGAUGACCAUCUGAGUGGCUGUGCUGUGUACCCGGAUCCCAAUUCACCAACCAAGACAGUGCUGAGGCCCGAGGGGGCGGGACUUCCUGACACUGACUUCCUGCUUUAUGUCCACACACAGAGCACGGACAAGUGCAGGGCAGAGCCCAGUGUGCUGGCCUAUGCAGUGCACUGCCAGACAGGCCCUCAGGGGAGGCCUCUGGCUGGGGUGGUGGUCAUCUGUAGAGACAGGCUGACUGGACACACUUACAGCCACCAAGGAACUGUGCAGACAGUGAUCCACGAGCUGUUCCAUGCCCUGGGAUUCUCUAAGCAGCUGUUCAGCAGCUGGACAGAUUGUUCCUCCCCUCCCUGUUCCCCCCGGGGUCAGGUGACCUACGCAGACGGGACAGGCCAGGUCAGGAUCUACACCCACUCCGUCAUCAGAGCCCUGCAGAACCACCUGAGGUCCACUGACCCAGAGCUGGGGGGUCCCCUGGAGAACCGGGAUGCAGGUCCAGGUGGUCUGUCUUCUCACUGGGAGUCCCGUGUCCUCCAGGGAUCCAUCAUGGCGUCGUCUCUGGGGGACCCCCCUGUGGUCCGGGUGGACCCCGUCACCCUGGCUGCUCUGCAGGACACGGGCUGGUACUCUGCCAGCCUCAGCAGAGCCCAGAGCCUGGUCUGGGGACAAGGUGAAGGAGCCAUGUUUGGGUCCCUGUCCACGUGUCAUGAUAAUUCCUCCUCUUUCUUCUGCUCUGGAAGUGGAUCAGGGUGUCAUUACCUUCACUUCCACAAGGGGGAGUGCCAGACUGACCAAUACCUGGAUGGAUGCCGUGUUUACAAACCUCUGACAAAUGCGAGUGAGUGCUGGAGAGAAGAGAAUGAGAGAGUGAUGGGAGAAGAGAACUGGGCUGGAGAGGUGUAUCAUUCAGACAGCAGGUGUUUCUUCUCCAAUCUGAGCAGAGAGAACACGUCCCUUCCUGUCGGUGACUCCAUCGUGGGCCGCUGCUACAGACACAGGUGUACUGGACUGAACACAUUCCAGGUCCAGGGGUCUGGGUCCGGCUGGAUGGACUGUCCAGCAGGGGGCGCCAGUAAGAUACCAGGUUACCAGGGUUUAGUGUUCUGUCCUGAAGGGAGGUUGUGUCAGUAUUCUGACCACAUCACGGUCGCUACAGCUGACCCCUCCUCAGACCGGGUGUCCAAUGGCAGUCAUUCUAUAAUUGACCAGAUCUUGACCCCUGACCUCAGUGUGACCCCUGUCCAUCCCUAUGCCGUUCCUGAGGUCAGAGGUACAGAGCCUCCAGUGUCUGUGGUCCUGAGGGUCAGAGGUACAGAGUCUACAGUGUCUGUGGUCCUGAGGGUCAGAGGUACAGAGCCUACAGUGUCUGUGGUCCUGAGGGUCAGAGGUACAGAGCCUACAGUGUCUGUGGUCCUGGGGGUCAGAGGUACAGAGCCUCCAGUGUCUGUGGUCCUGAGGGUCACAGCUGCACUCUCCCUCCUGGCUGCUGUCAUGGCCGCCUACAGGAAGUACCGCUCCUCCAGAGUCAGAGUCCGUGCAGCCCUACAGGCCCCCAGUGCAGUGCAGUUGCAUUCAGCCCAGAGUCUUUCCAAACACUGCUGAUGGACACUGGGAGGACAUUAUGAGUCUGAUAGGUUACAAUGUGGUUGGAGUGCUUGUACUAAGCUAUGUUUUUUUGUGGCCUCUUUCUUGUUGUAAAUUAUUCAUACUGUUUAAUAUUGUUUUUUAAGCAUUAUUCCCACUCUCAUUAGGGGCAAAUAUUUCAAAGUGAUUCUUUGUAGAGGUCUACAGCAUAGACAGAAACCUAAAUACAUUGUUUAUCAUAAGCCAGAUCAACUAUCUGCAACGGCACUGGAAGGAAUGUAUGACAUGCUGUAAACACACACCUUCAAAAGCACACUCUUUAACACGCACACAUACUGACCUCUCCCUUCCAGUUACAGUCAACAGAAAACAUUGGGUGGUUUCCCUUUCCAUUCUUAGAAAAAUCUGUUUGACAAUAGUCACGUAAAAGAUGACUUACAUAAAGUCUGCCAAAAAUAAUUGGACUUGUAUGUGACUAUCGCAUAGGUUGAUAGUCAACAUCAUAUAAUAUAUUUACACUUCCUAUGUACAUUAAUUCAUGCUAUAAUCCAAAGCGACAUACAAACUGUGUUUAGUAAGUGCAGUAGAUAACUAUAAACAAUACCACCUUUGUUAAUUAUAUUGUGCAGGGUUUUGAUACACACAGAAAAAAAGCAAUACUGUACUUCAGUUGCUGUAAGCCAUGUAUUCAACUAUACAUUUUGUGAGAUGAGCUAUAGACCAUCGUAAAUUAUUUCAUAACAUAAAUUGAUCAACUAAACUGGGUAAAAAUGCCUAAUAUCUGUAAAUGUGUACUUUAUUUUCUAGUUUCAAAGCUGCAUUAGUACAGUUCAUCUUUAAAUUUGAUAUCAGUUCAUAUCAUCUGAUUCUGAUUACCCAGAUAAUCAAACAGGCACAUACAUUUGUUUUUGUCUUUAUUUAACAGCACAGAGCAUAAGGAUAUUAUCAGAACAAAUCAUUCCACAAUUAUUCUUAAGAGAAACAUUGACCAACUGAAACAAGAAACAUGAAUAUACAGUGAAUUUAAUUCGUAAUAUUUUUGUGUGUGUGGUACAAGCUACCCAAAUCAAAAGCCUGUAGAACAUGUAUAUAUGUAA